AUGACUGACUGCUGCGCUGCAGAGAACUGUGAUUACCAGCGAGGAGAAUCUACAAACUCCACUCCUCUGUUCAGCUUUCCUUUGGAUCCGGAGCGGUAAGAGCUGGGCUUCUUUCAUUGAGAUUAGGGUGAAAAAACAGCCACUCAGCAUGCAAAAUGAAUGUGUUAGCCCUCCACUGUUAGCACUGGCGUUAGCUUCACAUCAUGUUGGCUAACAGUGACACAACUGUGGAAAAUGGCGCAGACUAACGUUACUCUGUGUAGAAAACUCCGAGUGAAAUAUGAUCCUUUCUUUCAUUCAAAGUCAUUAAACUACUAUAUCGCGCGAUAUAGAUAUGGUAUCUCAAUUUAACGAUUAUUUCGAUGUGAAUAACCAACAUAACUCGUAGUUAAAAACUUUUUCCAGCCCUAAUUUAAAUCGCCAUCGAUACACGACAUCUGCCGCCUCAAUGGUGUGGAAAGAGCUGACAGACACAUCAGUACACCUGUUUACAGCUACAUCACAACUGUUUUUGGUUGUUUCCAAAGACUUAACGUAUUUGUAGAGUUACAGAUUUCUGAAGUCGAAAAUUCACAUUAAAAAAGUAAAGACUGCAUCUCAAAAAACCCCUGACUCAUUAUUGAUGUAAACUCUUUUCAAACCUGGAAGCCGUAAAGACUCAACAUUUCGAUAGCAGCCCUUCCUGGUGAUUCUUUUAUUAGACUUGUAAUGUUUUACUUAAUUCUUUUAUUUCUUUUCAUGACAACGCUUUGAUAAGUAAUUAUUUCUGAUUGGUCAAUGUUCCAUAGUGAUGGUCAGUUAUUUUAGGACAGCACGCUGUUGCUAAUGGAUACGGUCCUAUUCUCAGACUGCAGUGGACCGACUGCAGGUAUCAGACUGUCAAAAGAGGUCUGGUAAUUUGAGGUUUGUUGACACUGAAAAAAUGUAAAUAAAUAAAUAAAUAAAAGCAAGAGACUAGAUAGGAGAGGUUAAUGAUACACCUUACUAUCACAAUGAUGUGGCAGAAAAAAAGGAAAGAAAAAAAACGUAAUCUGGUGCACUAGUGAUUUAUGUUGCUUUGUAUCACCCUGUCAUUUAGAGAUAUUUUUAUUUUGAAAUGAUUACAAAAUGCAAAGCUACCUUAUUUUAAGUCAUUCCCAGUUUAUUGUGACUAAUAACUACGAGGUUAGCUCAAUGUGAGAAGUGUACAGUCACAAAUUAUACAGCCUAAUCAACUACUUUUUCAAUAUAAAAAUAAAAAUGUUUUUGUGUAACCCACAUUUCAAUCUUAAUGAAAAUUAUUAACAACACAUAAUAGCACUGUUUCAUCAUAAUUUUUUUUUUAGCUUUAAGUUUUAUUUGAUUAUUUGGGUCAUAAAAGUCUAUUCAGCAGAGUUCAGUGUUAUUUUAAAGCAGGAGUCUGCAGGGGGCAGUAGGGAGGUUGCAGAAACUUGGAAAAUGAAACUAAAGUGGAAGUCAAGAGUGACUUGUUAAGUUUUCACUCUUUAACCAUUGAGUAUUAUUUAAAAGGAACCAUUAAGACUCUUUAUACCAGAAGAAAGACAUACUGGAUAUAAUAACGAUGUAUAACAAGACCGAAAAGGACUGUAGCUGUUAAUUAAUGUCAAGACAUUAAUGAUUUAGACCAUCUAUACAAAAAGACAGUAAAGAAAAUGGGAAAAAAAGAUAAAUGCUUGAAAAGAAAUACAUCAAUAAAAAUUCACUUUGCAUUUGCCUUGAAGAAGGGGGAGCCACAGGCUAGCACAUACUAAUGCUACACAGGGGUCUGUGGCAUGGCAGAUCUUGGGAACCCAUGGUAUAGUCAGUUUUGCAUUAAAUUAUACCCCUGAACCCAAGACAGGAAAUGCAGCCAGAGAAAAGAAGAAAAAACAGAACUGCAUCACAGAUUCUUAAAAUAUUUUGUCUUUCUUUGCAGUUCACUUAUUUUUUGUUGUUACCACUCAUUUUUAAAAUAACACUUCUAUAAUAAUGUGUUAAAAUAAGACAAAUUAAUCCCAUUUCCUUUUGGGGGGGAAAUCGAUCCACCUCCCUUGUGAUGGUGCAUCAGUAAAGUCAGCUGACAAUCAGAGAUCAUUGAAAUUAGGCAGGAAAAAAAAGAGCUGAUGUAAAGAGGUAAAAGGAGGCUUCAGUCAGCUUUUUUCUUUCCUUUUAUCAACAGUGCUGCUGAGGCUUGGCUCUAUUAUAUUUAAAGCUAACCAAAGCAGAUUGCUGUCAGUGGAUGUGCCAAGUCUAUAUCAUUGAAGCAGACACAAGCUCAAGUUAAACAUCCCCAUUAAACUCUGGAGCACUUUUACAACCUUUUAAAGCUCAUGUUGUUUAUCAAGUCAUAAUUUCAUGCUUUGCAAGUUUAUUAGAUACAUCUGAAUAAAUGUUUUGCUUUAAGGCCUGUUUACGUUGUAUGGAUGUGGGCCCAUUGAUUAACUCCUCUCUGCACACUUACCUUUCAGAUGCAAACAGUGGUUGAAAAACUGUGGUCGACAGGAUUUGGCAGCAGAACCUCCUGAACAGUUGCAUCAACAGUACAGACUUUGUGCAAAGCACUUUGAGCCCUCUGUGAUCUCUCAGCAGGUAAGACACAAACCUCUAGUCCUUUUCCUUUAGAGGAUGCUCUGUUUUUAAAUGGUAAUAACUGUGGUUUGGUGAACUGUCUCUCUGUGUCAUUACUCUGCUGUUACUAUACUCCUACAACACAGUGGUGUCGCACAAGCAACGCCCACAGGUGCCAGUUUUGACUAUUAAUUGAAAAUAGAUCAGGUUGAGUAUAAACUUUGAAAAUAGCUCUGAAGUAGGGCUGUCCAGCACUUCUUCUCGUCAGCUGCUAUGAUUUACGCACAUGUGAUGAGAGAAAUAGUGACUGCAGAGCUUAGAUUAUGGGUGACGUGCAGCUGCACUUAAGGAAACACACACGCUCAUUGUGUGUUGACUUAACAGUCUCACAGUAAUGUCACAAUAAUAAUUAAGCAUGGUUUUAAUCCUUGUUUUCAGGACUUUUCAAACAGCUGUUGGCACGACUGGAGAAGACAAAUAUAUCAUUAAUUUUUUUUUAGAUGCUUAUUAAAUGUAUUCACUUGCAUAGCAUGGUGCUUUUUGUAUUAUAAAAAAAUACUGUAAAACCUUUUUAUCAAAUCAAAUUAUCUAAAAAGUCAGAUAAUUUUCUAGAUAUUGAAAAUUUAGGAUGGGUAAAGUCCUGCUCACUCUGUCCAAUUCCAAUUCCAGUCUACCAUAACAACCCACCCACUUCAUUUUAUCCCUUCUUUAUGCAGUUAAAUUAAACAUCACUUUUUCCUGCUGCCUUUUAAAACCACAGCAUGGCACCAGCUCCUACCUGAUACAGGUUGAGUGAAGAGUAAAUAUCCAGAGUUAUAAGUUAACCAAACAAACGUGCAUCUCUACAGGAUUUUCACAAGUCCAGAAAUAAUGACUGAUUUACAAAGAUAUUAAACCAGCCCACUUUUGUGAAACUUCACGAAUAAUUAAAUGUGUUUUUUCUUCCCUAAAAAAAGUUUAAGGUCUAUCAAGUCUAGCCAGAAUGUUAUUAUUAUUUUUUUUCUUUGCUGUUAUGCCCACUGUGCAAACUUGUAACUGGAAAACGUCCCCAUUCUGUGAAAUAUUACAGUGAAGAAUAAAGGUCCGAUCUCCUGUUUUUCCUUUUUUCAGAGCGGCUCCAGUUGUGUAUUAAGGGAAGAUGCUGUUCCAACAAUAUUUGACUCAACAGCGCCAGUGAAUAAUCAGUCAGCCUGCAACAGGAAACGAGCCCAUGAUCCUGUGAGUGUCCGUUUUUAACAGUACUCCUCUGCAUUUUGGUAUCAGACCAUAAAGACAUUAAAAGUAUUAACCUGUGGUUGUCUUUUCCAUUCACCCAGUCGGACGAGGGAGCUUCUUCUGUGAAGAAAACAAAAGGUACAGACACAGAUGUCACUCAUUCCUGAAACAGUUAGUAAGGUCCAUCCCUGACAGGCAUUACUUAACAAUGAAACUCUUCAUCCUCUCUUUGUUACCAGAUAUAUUCAUGCAAAUGCUCUCAGUUUGUCUCACCUCUCAGGACUUUAUUUAUAAAACCAAAAGAGCUUUAACAACCAAAACACGGCAGCUCCCGAAUUCACAACCUGAAAUAUCAACCCUCCAGACUUUCAGAUAUCCAUGCAGGUGUUAGUUAAUUUUAACUCCUCAUUUUGCUGCCAUAAAAUGUGAUGCACACAGCUCUGGAGUUUAAACAGACUUGCUUUUUAUCUCUAAUAAAACUUAAACAAUUUUAAUUCUACAUACAAAACUACCAUAAACACACAUACACUCACAGAUAUAUAUAUAUAUGUACUUCAUUCUUAAAAGCUACAGAUGAGCUACACAAAUCCGUGUGCUGAAAUUGUGCUAAAAAGGCCAGUGGUUAAUUGCAAUAUUAGGAUUAACUUCAUGUGAACAGUGCCAGACACAAGAAUAAAGAGGUUACAUGUAAAAAUAGAUACACGGAAGAAAACUGAGAAAGUGAAACUAAACAGAUGCUGAAACGAUAUAAUUUAGUGCGGAAGAAAUAAGCAAAACUGGGGAAAGUAAAGUUUUUAUGCUCCAAAUAUUCUUGGAAGGACCCCCAGACCUAAAUAUUGCGUGUACUGGGGGAGCUAUUGUUCUACUAAAACAAGUUUAUUGUUAGUUUUUGUUAAACAGAGUGAGCUCAGGAAGCACAUGUUGUCCCCUGAUUCAUCAUAACACACUAAUCUGAAACUCCUCAGCUGUAGAGAGUAACACAUCAAUAAUGAGUUAAUAAUAAUUUAACAGCUGAAGCUUUGUUGAUAUGUCAAGUAUCUCUCCCUGGUAUUUAUCAUUGGGAAAUAUGUGGGACAAGGUCGAACCAGCAGUCCCCUAUGGAGUCAUUUGUGUUUACUUUGUCUUUGCAUGUACUUAUUUACAAGUUUAUAAAAAGGUUAAAAUAAACCCAGGGCUGCGUAUAACCAACCGUAAAAAAAAGAAAAUACUUUGUCUCUUUAGUGUGAUUAGUAACACAAAUAAAAACAGAAGACAUGGUAGAGUUUUUACUAAAAUUGCAGUCAGCUGCAAUAUUGUUGCAAGAUAGUUUUUGUGUGUCAGUAAUGCGGCAUUUGUCAUAAUUCCUUUUUAUAUAUGAUUUUGCACCUCAUAGUUCGGAGGAAGAGUGUGUUAACAUUUCAAAAGGCGUUUAAUAUCUUCUAUUUUGCAGGUAGUGUGUAAAAAAAAAAAAAAAAAAGGUUAAUAGGUUUUGGAAAGUGCACUCGGUGAAGAUAUCUGCACACAGAGAAAAAAUGAGUCAGUCUGUUAUUUUCAUGCACGAGUAAAAAUUAUUCACUAAAGCUAUGUUCACAUGUGAACAAAACUCGACUUUUUAUUUAUUUGUUUAUUUACAAAAUCUUCAGUGUGGGGUGCAUUUAUAAAUGCAAACAGCCAAAAUCUGCACUGUGACUUAACUGCUCCUCUUCCCUGCAGGCCCCCUAAUCACAUUUCAGCAUGUAGUCAGGGUGACGUUAGAACUCAGCAGGAGUUAUAAAAGUGGGGACGAUGUUUGUGUCAUGUGACUAGUGCAGCAGUAACAGGAGUAAUCAAAAUAUUCAGCAUUGGCGGGGACAAUCAUGUUCAUAAGAAUAGAGAAGAUGUCUGCACACCUGUCCAUUUAAACAAAGCAUUGAUAUAAAUUAAUGUACAGCAUUCAGUACACUUACAUGUGAUUGUAAAAAGAUAUUUAUUGCAUUAAUCGGACUGAAACUGCACUUUUAAAAAUCUUGUAAACACAUUAGUGUGACUGAAUCAAACUUGUCAUAGUUGGACUAACAUGCCCGGAUAAUGCAACUGGGGAUAGAUUUCCUCCUCCAUGUGUACGGCUCUGUUGAACUGAAACUGGCCUGAGCGCUUUGCCCAAACCCCAGUGAUCACACACAAGGCUCUGAGCUGGAAGUUGAAUAUCAUAAGUGUUGGAUAAAUGAAAGAUGAAGAAAAGACGAAACUUUCCUAACGAACAGUGUGGAGCUGGGACAGUAUUUUUAAUGCUCAAUAGACAUCCUUUUAGCCUCUCUCUAACAUGUUUUGCCAGGUGUUUGGAUUUAUAAUACGUUAACCAGGAGGCGACCUGAUAGAAACAAGCUGAAAGGGGGUGUGUCGCCACCUACCAUAGCAGAGAUGAACAUGUUUGUGUCAAUAAUGGGAUUCUUGCCCAGUGCUUGUAAACUGGGACAAGGACAAUAGUCCAGUUAAACUGCCUAACCAAGCUAUAACUGUAGCUCAGCUUAACUGUGCAUGUAAAGGUGCUGAAUGGUACAUUUACAAAAGACUGUAUCAUGAUGCUGGUCUCCAUUGCUUUUUUUGUAACCAGUACAGUUUCCUUCUGGCCCCCUAGUAUCAUUUCUGGGUGCGCUUAGGUGAGAACUCAGCUGGCAGGAUAUGUUGAUGUUUCUCAUGCAGCAGGUUUUCUGUCAGGUUUUGCUACUUGGUUGAAAAAUGUUGCUGUUGCAUGAGUCAAUAACAGAGGUGGUCUGCUUGUACUGUUUAUUCAUAUUUUCAGUUUAUGAACAGGGAUACAUUUGUUGUCAGGAUAGGUAACAUGUUUCUGUGAACUAAUCUAAAACUUAAACUCAAGAUUUUUAGGAGAGGUGUUUGUCUCUAUACCAAUAUCCUGUAUCGAGCUGAAAUUACGCACUCAGGACAGAAUCCCUUUUUAUCAGGAUCCCUUUUUCUCACCGCUUACCUUCAAAGACUGGUGCCUUUAAUCAAAUAUUACCCCCACGGGUGACAAGCUCGGCACAACUUUAACAAGCUCAACUUUAUUGCAGUCAUUGCCAAUUACAGCGAUACAUUUAUGAACAGACACAUUAUCUAGAGGCUCAGAGGGAAUCCAAAAAGAGAAGAAGAUUGAAAGUGAAUUAAAACUCAGGGAAGAGUUACAUUAAAGGAUCAGUGGUUUGAUCUCGGAUAAGGUUGUAGAACAUUACAUAUAAAGCUGUGAGGGUGAUUUUGUGAACAAUACUGUUAGAUCAUUUUCUGAGGGAGAGAAGUUGAAAUUUUCCGGUAUGUCUGAAAACACCUCUCGACUCAUCUCCUGUCCCUCACCUACCUCCAGUCCUCUAAAUCAGGUUUGCGUGUUUAAAGGAGCCCAAUGCAGAUUGGGUUUUGAUCAGUGCUUGUUGGCAAGUGACAGACUCAUCAUUUUGAGUUUAAUUAUAUUGCUUUAACUCUCACUAAAAUUGUUGCUCCUUUUAUUUAAUUAAUUUUUAAUCAUCUUAAUUUUUUCCUCUUCUUAAUCAGAAAACACAGGAACAACAGAAGUGACGGAGGAGACGAGGGACGCCUCCGGAGAGAAUAGUGCAAGGCCUGAACAGCAGAGAGAAAACCAAACUCCAGAGGAUGUAGCCAGUUCCAAAGCAAAAGAGACUCUGAAAGUAUAUUUUAAGGAAAUCCUGGCAUUGACUGGAUUCAGCAUCAAUGGUGCAAAUAUCAGCGCUGAUGAGCCAAUCGGAGGAGCCAGGGGUCAGCAGACUCUCAAUCGAAUCUGUGUGGAGAAAGUCGACAAGAAAGAAAUCCUCCAGUUUGGUGAAGACCUCAUGCGGGAGGAGAUCAAGAACAGUCUCAGACUGGCAAGAUUCUUCUCCAUUCUGCUUCAGGAUGUGACCAACAUAGAGGGGAGGGAGCAGAUUCCAGUCUUUGUCAGGUCUGUCACAGUAGAUGGUUUCCCACAGAAGCAUCUCAUCGGGUUCUUACCGUGCGACAUGGAUGCAGAAAAUCUGUUUUACAUGCUGCUGUCAGAGCUGAGAAACAAGUGGGGGCUGAGGAUGGAGCACUGCAGAGGACUGACAUAUCUGGUCACAGGGAGCAUGUGUCAAAAGAUGCGAGACCUCACCUGCAGGAUUCUGCAGGAGUUUCCACAGGUCGUCCUGUCGCCGAGUGACCCGUAUGCCUUCAACAUUUGGAUCAUCCGCUGCAUGCCAGUGCCCUCCAUUCAGAAGGUUGCAGACACGGUACAGGAAGUGGCCUUGUUACUCAGGAGGACGCCUGAUGUGUACAGAAGAUUGGAGGGAAAUAUCCAGAUGGCAUACGGGCAUAUCAAAGGGGAAGUAGACAGAAUAAAGACAGCUCUCAGUGAGAACUGGGAAUAUAGCACUGAUGCUUUUCAGAUCAUGUUAGAUAUCCUGGAGCCAUUCCUGAACUGCAUCAACGAAAUGAUUUCAAAGGUUGAUGAGGAUACUGCUGAACAGAUGGCCAAGCUCAAGCCCAUUCUGAGGAAUUUCAAUUUCAUCAUCACCCUCGUUGUUCUGAAGAACACCCUCUGCUGUGUGAGCAUACUCAACUCAAGUCUCAGGGGAAUAAUCAGCAUCAGCAGUACCUUACAGUACACAAUCUCCAAUGCCUUAAAGCUGGUCAGCAAAUACCAACAGGAGCUCGCAAUAUUCAACAGGAAGUGGUUUUCAGACGCAGUGGGCAGAGCAAAGAAGCUGGGAGUGGAGGUCACCAAACCAGAGGUAGACCAGGGGAACUCAUCUGAAACCCCUCUGGAGGACCUCUACAGAGAAACCCUGGGCCGGCCCAUCCUUCAGUACUUGGUCUCAGAGGUCAAGAGAGUUUUCAGCACAGAGAUGGUGAGGAUCCUCCGCUGGCUCUCACUCGUCCCAUCUUACAUGGCUGAUCACAACUUCAGCAUUCGCAGGGAUAAAGUGGCCGACGCCAACUUAAACAACCUGGCGAGGCCCGACACGUUCUACGAAGAGCUGGGUUGUUGGGAAGUGAAGUGGAGGCACGCCAGCAAGCGAAGAAUCCUACCAACCACGGUGUUCGCCACGCUCAAGAUUCCAGAUAUCGGCUUUUAUCCCAAUGUGCAGAGUCUGCUGAGGGUGCUGGGCACUGUUCCAUGUGUAAAUGCAGAAGCAGAUGUUUACGGCCAAUACCACAUGGUGCUGGAGCGCUGCCAUGCCUACCUGAGAGCCACACCAGAGGACCAAAGACAGUGCAGCAUGGCAUAUGUCUACGUGAACCAAGAUGUGCACUUCAAUGUCGAACAAAUGGUGGAAUCAUAUGUUCAGAAGCAUCCAGACAUCCUGCAGCUGCUGCAGACGGUAAGUGGGGUUUCAUGAACAUAGCAAGCCACAUGUUGUUCACCUUUUAUGUUUAUGAUGAAACAGCCAACUUAUUACAUCUCCCUUUGCGUACGUUACAGGAUGAUGACUCAAAAGAGAAACUCCCCCAAGGUAAAGGUUUUUUUUUUUUUUUACCAUUUCAGGAAAGUACAUUUUGGGUUAACUGUAAAGCACUUAUAUGAGAAGUGUACGAUUGACAGCAGUAUUAUAAGAACAAACAUCGCGGAACAAGCAGAAGUGAAAGCUUAUUUACUACACAGAAUCCCAACCUUGUGUAAGAUGUUGAUAAAAAAUAGAUUUUGAUGUUUGCAAACCAUUUAAACUUUAUUAUUACAAGUCCUGAACUGUUUAAAUGAUUUGCAAGCCAUUAUUCUGUUUUCUAGUAGUGCCCCAGCUCUUAUGGAAAAUAGUUUGUUGGUUGCUUUAGAAUUGGAUGACGGGCAAGAGUUGUCAAAGCUGAGGCGAGUUGAAUAACAUUUUCAUUGAAGUGCAGUCUUGUCAUGGGCACUGUCGUCACUUCAUUUACUUUUAAUUUUCACUCUUCCCACCUCUUGUUUCAGUAAUGCCUCAGGGGAACCACGCUGAAAAGGACGCUGAGGAAGAAUUGCAUCACCUAAAUUUGGAGAUGGACGCUGAGAGGCUUGUGGAGAUGAAAUGUGCAGAGACUGACAGAGAAGCUCUGAAAUCUGCUUUGCAAGCUGCAGUGGUGGCUGCAUGCAGCAGUCAAAGCAGACAUCACACUGACAACUCUGCUCAGGAUGGAGAAGUCGAGUACGUGACCAAGUCUGAAAUGAACGAAGUCCUCACUGUGUGUGAAAAUGCUGUCAGGGAGGGGAUCCUCACCGAAGUGGGGAGCUCGUUCUUUUCUUUGUUCAUCGACCGUGUGGUGAAGUUUGGAGAAAAAGACUACCUGCCACUUUUUCUCAGGUUUGUGGACAGCUUCGAUGUCAUGCGAUUGGAGUUGAUGGCAUUCCUUGAGGCUGAUCUUCAUUGUGAAACCAUGGUCCAGCGUCUCCAUGAGAUAGUCACAGUGGAGUGGCGUCUGGAUCUGAACAACUGUAGAGGCCAAGCAUACCUGGGCUCAGGCGAUGUCUCCUACAAGCUGAAAGCCUUUGCUUGUAAAGUCCAGGAGAAGCACCCUCUUGCCAUAAGCACACACUGCUCUUCAUACUCUUUUAACACCUGGUGGUCAAAAUCCAUCCCAGUGCCUGCUGUUAAGAAAGCACUGGAUUCUUUUGAGGAGGUUUUAAUGUUCUUUGGCAGCAGUGCUACUCUACAAAAACAACUAGACCAUGUAAUAGACUUUGGCCUGAGAGAGAGCUAUGAAAAGGUCCAAGAGUUACAGGGGAAGUUCUGCUCCUUUUGGCAGGAGAAGCACGAUUCUUAUGAGGUGUUUGUGCAGAUGCUCGAGCCACUAGUUGAAUGUUUGGAGAAAAUCAAAAGCAACCCGCAGAGGUGGAAACCCUCAGUGUCUGAACAGGCCGGGGCACUCCUCCGGAAAAUGAUGGACUUUGAUUUCAUCAUCGCGAUGGUUAUCCUCAAGAACGCGUCCUCUUUCACUAGAGAGCUGAGUGCAGGUCUUCAGAAGGACCAUCUCAGCGCCGCAUCCCAGCUUUGCCAAAUCAGCGGCAUUGUGGCUACUCUUAACCGAGUCAAAACCAAUAUGAAAGUCUUUCACCAGAACUGGUUCGAUGAGGCCUGUGCAAUCGCUCAGAGUCUAAGAGUGCAGAUUGAAGUGCCUGAAAGCGCGAAGCCAAAAGACGGCAUGAUCAAGCCAGCGGGAUUUUACAAAGAUACGUUAAGUGUGCCCCUUGUCGAUAACCUCAUCAGUGCGGCGAAGGAUCACUUCUCAGAGGACCACAUCGAAGCUCUGAACUUCCUCUCUCUUGUUCCGAGCUCAGUCACAGUGAGUUACAUGUUCGAGAGCUUGAAGUCGAAACCACCUCUCUACAGCAGGGAUCUCCCUGACGCUGACAACUUCUUCACCGAGCUGUGCUGCUGGAGAGUGACGUGGAAGACUAAAGUUGCGUCGGUGACCAUCCCGAGCUCUAUAUUUCACACACUGCGUAUGCCACUCAUGCAGUACUUCGGGAACAUCAAUGUUCUCCUGAGGAUAAUGUCCGUGCUGCCCAGCACUGCACUGGAGGACUGUGGUGUUGUGAUGCGCCACAAGAAGUUUCAAGAGUACCUGAGAACCACUAAUCCCAAAGACAGAUCUCCAUGCCUGGCUAUGCUUCAAGUGGGCACGGACUUCAACAGAGACCUGGACCACAUGGUGACCCAGUGUUUGAAGGUUACUCCACAAGCCUUGGAGGGUAUCUGUCUGGUAUGUUCUUGAAUAAAACAGAGUAAAAAGUAGUGCUGCACAGGCACUCAAUGUAAAUUCCCUCUGUGCUGAGGUGUUGAAACAAACUAGCCGUGUUGCCAUGUGACACAGAGCAACUAUAAAUUUGCACGGCAUUCCUUUCUGUUGAGUGUUUAUGUGACUUAAUCCAAAGUAUUCCCAUUUAGCAGCAAAAUAUCAAACAAACAUACUGUGUUUGCGCUCAGACAUAAAUUAAGACUAGCUGAUGGCGUAACCAAACAGAAUCCAACCAAUCAGAGGAGAGGCUGUAACUUUUAAUGGAACAUGUAAAGUUGCAGAGUCAUGCACUGGAGCGGCUUAGGGUUUCAGUGUAAUUUGCAUAGGGACACUGUUGGGCAACAGCAACACAGAGAGAUUAGGUUGUGACAUGUCCUCUACACGUUGCAGCACAGACAACAUUUUCACCAUAAGUAUUGCAAAAAUAUAAAGAAAAAUGAUUCAUUUUAAAUGUAUUAAUUUUAUCCACACCACUUGUAUCUUUUGGCCUCUACAUUUAUUAAAGAAAAAAAAAAGCAGGCAAGGCAAGCUUAUCUUUUUGGCAGAUAUCAGCAACAAAGCAAUUCACAGUGUUUGACACAGACAUUACAGGAAUCAUUAUAGAAGUAGGAAAAAAAUAUCAAAAGAAAACAUUUCAAAAAUCACUCAAACAAGGCGUUAAAAAUUUAAGCAAAAAAACUAAAUAGAGUGAUGUUAAAACAGCAAAAACAGAGGGCACAUCACAACUCAAACUUUAAUGUUUCAGAACAGUUCUAAGUACCGUGUUGUAAAUACCAUUAGCAGGACUCACAUGGUCUAUUCUUGUGAACAUAGUUAACCUUAUACAAAGUCUUCAAGACCCCUACGCAUUUAUCUUAAUUGCAAAUUGAACCUUUUUUUUUAUUUUUGUAGUUGCUCAUUCUCUAAAAACCAAUUACAUUUGUGUUAAUUGCAGCACUAGUCAAAACUGACAAAUCUGUGGCUGAUUCUUGUUUUAUUUUGUAAAUUGUAGGAACUUCAGACUAAUUCUUAUUCUGAAUUUUUUUACAGGAAAAGGAAUCAAAAAGUUUCAACAAGAAUGCAGAAAACAACAUGGAAGGUAUGAAUGUUUGGAGAUUUUCUACCUCCUCUGUUAAGGAGGAUUUUUCACGACUGAUGUCCAUUCUUAACAAAUUGAAACAACAUUUUCUCCAUUACUUUGAUUUUUUUUCAUAACCUAUAUUUGUUUUUAUCCCUGAUAUAUUUAGUUGAUUGUGUCAAAGAGGAAUACGAAGAGCCCACCACCAUUCAGCAAUCUCCAGACAAGACUGAGGUCCAAGACAUGAAACCAGCAGAUGAAAACGGGCAUGUAGGAGACAAUCGAAGAAGCUUGGCGACAGUGUUCAGACAGGCUGCUCUGCUGGGGAAAAAGAACAGCACCAUCUCUGAGCUCUCGGAGGAGGACAGAGAGCUCUUCAACCAGGAGCUGAGCAUGUGCCACUGGUUUGGAAGUGAUGGUAAAUGCGCACCUUCGCUGAGUGAUGAUGAAGUGUUGAACCUCCUCAUGAAUGGAAUCAGAGAUGUCAUCCUUAAAGAGAUCCAGGAAUCUCCUUUCUUCUCGCUCAUCACAGACAAAGCUGUCAGAAUAGCAGACAAAACACACUUGCCUGUUUUUGUCAGGUAUGUUGGAGAGUCUGCUCCCAAAGUGGAGCUCAUGGGUUUCUUACCCUUCAGUGAAAACUGUCAUGUUGACAUGCAGGCCAGACACCUUGCAAAGAUUCUCACAGAAGACUGGGGCUUACCCAUGUCUCAGUGUCGUGGCCAAGCAUUCAUGCACUUGGGCUCAGGUUAUCAAAGCCUGAAGAGGAUGUCUCUGGAUUUCCUGGAGAGCUACCCACUUGCCGUUGUAACACCCAGUGAGUCUUGCGGCCUUGCUUAUUGGCUGUCAGGAAGUGUGCCUUGCCCUUCAGUAGCAAAAAUGCUGGACAUCACAGAAGACCUGCUGCUGUUCUUUGACGAUUCUCCAUGUCUGGAGGGGCAGCUCGCGCAGGCCGUCGAUGGGCUUCUGAAUAUGCCGAGGGAGGCCCUGGAGGAAAUACCAGAAACGUGCUGCUCGAGGUGGAAAAAGAGAGAGGACUUCUUUGACAUACUCGCAGACACCUUAGAGGGCGUCCUCAGCUGCCUGGAUGCUGUCAGCUCCAGUACCGUAGGUGUUAAGUCCAUGCAUGCUCAAGUGCUGUCCUGUGCUCUGAGAAAUAUGGAUUUCAUUGUCACCCUUGUGAUUUUGAAGAAUGCCUGUGCCCCCCUUCGUAACUGUAGCACUGUCUUCCGUUGUGGAAACCCUGCCGAUAUUCUCUGUGAAGUGGAAAAAAUCCCCUCCAUCAUAGAGACUCUCAACAAGAUGUUAGAAAAUGUGAGCACAGUCCACUCGACUUGGUUUGAGCAGGCGUUCCAGCUAGCAACCAAGGUAGCGCCUGAACAAGUGUGCUUCUCAGAGGAGGCCAACAGCUAUGAGUCUCCUGAGAUCUACUACAGAGAGAACCUGAGUGUCCCUCUGCUAAGAAGUCUCAUUGAUGAAAUGAAGUACAGCUUCUCAGAUGGCCACUUAAAAGCCCUCUCAGUCCUGUCACUGCUGCCCGCCUGUAAUCCUCAACCCAUCCUCUCAGAGUCCUCUGACAAGCCAUUCAGCCUCUACCUUACAGAUGUUCCUGAUCCUGAAGCAGCCGAGCAGGAAAUCAACGCCUGGGCUUCUGCUUGGACAGAGAAGUACCAGGUUGUCGCCCCUCCAGCAUCUAUCUCUGAAACCCUUGUCCAUCCAGAGUCAAAGAGCCACCCCACUGUUUCCCUGCUGCUCAGGCUGGUGGCUGUCCUUCCCAGUGUCAGUAUGGAGUGUGACCUGAUGAAGACCACUCUGAACUCCUUGAGGGAUCUCAUGAAAAAUACUGUAUGCAAAGGCAGCAGAAUGGACCACGUGAUGCUCUUUUCUCAUGCCACAACACUGCAGAGACUGCCAGAGGUCACUGAACGAUGUAUGGCUGCUGAUCCAGAGAGUAGUCCGUGCCUUUCUCAGGUAAAUCUAAGAUUAUUUCAAAGCAUUUUUUAACCUCAUCACCAUGCUGUACCAGGAAACAUUCUUACUGCAUCUCGGAUGUCCUGUCUGAUCAUAAGGUUUAAUACUAUACUGUACCUUUUUCUAGGUGAUGGAAACUUUACGAAGACUCAAGUUGGUUGGUGGUAAGUGCCUUUCUGGUCUACACAAAAAAACAUUUCCUUAAGCCUGUAACUGAGUCACAAUUUUGUCAGAUGAGUCAGAUUUAACAUUUAAUAAAAGCUCAUAGGUACACCUUAUUAAUCACACACACUAGUCCACACAAGUAUUAAAUAUAAGAUGCAACUUUCAGCAGUUUUCGUGCAAAACAAUUACUCAAGAUUGUGGGCUGAAAAGUCAAGUCCCUGUUAUUUGUCAGAAUCCUUACUAAAAGCCAAAAUUUGUGUUACAUUGAUCAACUUCUUAUCCCGCCCUCUACAUACCCACAUUUGCCCACAGAUGCUCAACACAAAGCACUGUCUGGAUAAAAACACAGUCCGGCAUAUUAAGACUCCUCAUCCUUAAUCACAGCAAACACAGAGAGGAAGGCAGAGAAAGUUUCUGAUGCAUAAAUUAAGGUGCUUAGCGUGUGCCAAUUUCAGGCCCUGUCAUUUAUAGAUGAGACUCCUGGUCUGUUUGAGACGAAAGCCUGCUGCGCUGUAUUGCUCUGUUUCGAUGUGUGUAAAAUAAGAAAAUGAUUGGGAUUUAUUUGACAAAAUGCUGGUGGACUCAGUCUCUUUACAUUGGAUGAAUCUAACCUCAGACUUUUAUGGGGCAUCCUAAAUAACUUUUGAUUUUGUGUGCGUGGAUUAAAAAUGUUAUCUUUACUUUGUAAAUCAGGAGGAGCUCAAGUCAAACCACUGGCACCAACAGAAUCACAGGCCUCCAAUCUGGCAGAAAACUCAACAGAUGCCGAAAUGAAAUCAGCUGGUGAUGAAGUGAUCCCAGAGGCCCCUCAAGGACCAAGAACAGUCGUGUCUUUUUAUGAGCCUCAACUGCGGGAACAAAUCCUCAAGGAACUCUGGGACUCUCAGUUCUUCACGGUGGUAACAGAGCAAGCUGUUGAUAUUGACGGUGGGCUCUAUGUCCCAUUGGGCAUCAGGUACCUGAACAAAGAAGACAUCCAGUGUGAGGAAACAUUAGCUUUCAUACCUUUCAGUGAAGACCAGGGGGUCCUGGUAGAUGCUAUUGAGGUGGCCCUGACUCAGAAGUGGGGGCUAAAUAUGGAGUUCUGUAGAGGACAGGCGUUGUUGAGUGUUGGUGAAGUAGGAGCUCAGAUGAAGGCUGUAAGUUUAGCCAUAGCUCAGAAAUACCCCCAAGCGAUAAGAACGCUGAGCUCUGCUCAGUCUCUGAACCUGUGGCUAGCUAGAUCGUCUCCUGCUCAAGAAGCAGCAGAUGGAGCAGUGCUCAUAGGUAAGAUACUACACUGGCUCACAGAGGAUGCUGAACGCCAGAACAAGCUGGAAGACAUGAUCAUCCACGUGUUCCAGCAAGAUGAAGGUAGGGGCAACGAGCUGAGGGACAAACUCAUCAAAAACUGGGAGAAAAGUCAUGACAUGCAUGAGGUGAUGGUGGAGAUUUUGGAAGCUGUGAUGCUGUGUUUGAACGAACUGAAGGGGGAGGGGAGUGCUUCAGACCAACAGCAAGCGUCACACUUCUUUGAUGCGAUCAGAAACUUUGAAUUUAUCCUCUCAACAGUGGUGCAGAAAAAUGCCUUGAGUGUGACUAAAAAGCUUAGUCAGUCUCUUCAGGGCAAACCCUUAGAUAUGUUACUGGCUGUGAAUACUUUGCCUGAACUAAAAACCUCCCUUGGUAAACUUUUGGGUGAUAUUGACGCCCAUCACAAGGCCUGGUUUGAGGAAGCCAUUACUCUAGCUGCCAGACUUCACGUGACGAUGUUGCAUCCGGUGCUUCUAGAGCCGCUGAGUGAGUUUUACAAAGAAUCUAUAAGCACGAAAGUUGUUGAGCACUCAAUAACAGAAAUCGAUGACCUCUUCACAGAAAAGGUAUUGGAUACCCUGAGGUGUCUGGAGAUUGUGCCUUACGCAAUGUCCAAAGUAGAAACCAGCAUCCUUAGUGGUCUUGUGUUCCGCUUGUACAAAGAGGACUUGCCAGAUCAAGUUUCCCUUCACUCUGAGAUGAAGUCCUGGAAAGAGAAAUGGUUGGAUCCCCUGGCAGGUUACCUCCCGACGACUGUGCUCGAUACGCUCAAGACGUCACAGAUCAGAAGUUUCAGCAACAUUGAGACUCUCCUCAGACUCCAGGUCAUUUUGCCAUUUUCACGGAGGGAGAGCAACUUCAGGCAGGGAAAAAGAAGCUUACAAGAGUUUAUACAACAGGAAAAGAGGUCUCUCACUGAGCUACAUCCUCUGUAG